AGCCGCGUGAAAAAUUAUUGCCUGUAAGAAGUGCUCACGAGGCAGCAUUGAUCCCCGAUGAAGCGCAUUGAUGCCCAAAUUUGACAGUAUAAUAUGCGCUCCUUGGGGCUGCCGGCAAAAGGGCUGAAUUGGGCUGCCAAGAUGCUGCCAGUCGGAUGAGACCUUGUCCUGUGCAUCACUAAGUAGCUAUGCGACUGCGCAUCAUCGCACUCCUCACCCACGCCGCCGCCGCGGCAUCAGACGCCCUCGCCCGCGUCGACGGCGUCCUGGCCUGGCUCGCGGGCAACGCCACGGCGCCGGCGCACUGGCCUAUUCGGUCGCGGGACGACGUCAAGUCCAAGAACUGGAAGCAUUUGGGUGGUGGCAACGUCAAGGACGUCUACGAAACGAAAAUCGACGGGAAAAGGGUCGUGGUCAAGACGCGCCUCACCAGCGCGGCGCAUCAAGAUAGGGUCGAGGCCGACGCGCGGGGCGAGCUGCUCUACCUCGAGUUCCUGCGGGAUUUUCCCGGCGUGCCGCGGCUCCACGGCGGCUGGCUCCAGAGCGAUAGGCUCUGGUACGUCGUGCAGCACGCGGGCGAAAACUUCGGCCUGGGCAAGGGCACGCGGCAUCGCCCAACCCGCGUGAACCGCGGCUGGGCGGCGCUCGUGAAGAAGGACCCGAUGGGCGCCGCGCGGGCGCUGCUGGAGUGCAUCCGCUCCUUCGCCGACCAGGGCUACUUCCUGACGGACUUCAUCGCGAGCCAGUUCGCGGUCAAGGGGUCCACCGUGUCGCUCAUCGACGCGCCUCCCGCGUUAAGCGGACCCAUGGUCGCGCGGGGCGUGCCGCGCGUCGCGCUCAUCCCGCCGAACAAGAAGGGCGCAUGCACGACGGACGACGACUGUCCCCACAGCUUCAGCUGGCACUGCUGCUGCCAGGCCCGCAACGCGGGCGAGGAGUGCGAGAAGAACACGGUCGGCGGGGGCGCGCCCGAGGCCGGGGGGCGGUGCCUCGCGGGGACGUGCGCGAGGCUCACCGCGAAGACGCACGUCUUCGACGUCGCGUCGAAGGCCUGGGCCCUGCCCUACGUCCACCGCGCCGCGCGCGGCGACGACAAGCGUCGAUUGGAGGCGCUGAUGGCGCGCAUGCGCGCGCCCGAGCCCGCCGAUCGGCCGAACUUCACGGAGGCGCUGGAUUAUCUGAAGAGGCGCCGCCUGAAGCAGGAGGAGUGGCACGGUGAGUGCGGCGGCGCCGCGAACGGCUCGCUCGUGAUCGUGCCCCAUGUGAACCGGCGCGGGUUCAUCGACGUGAUGUUUCGGUACGAGUUUGCGGGUGAAAUAGCGGCGCGCGUCGGCGCGCAGGUCGCCCUGCCGCGACCCUGCGACGCGCUCGCCAAGGUGCACAACGGCAACCACCUCGUGAACUGUUCGCACGGCUGGGGCCGAUAUAGGAACUGGUCGCGCGUCGUCGGCGAUGCGCCCAUGGUCGCGAACUCGUCGGAGGCCGGCGGCCGCGCGCCCGUGACGGGCGCGAGCUUCGACGCCCAGUUUCGGAGCGCGCGAGAAAUGGCCGCAAAGGGCGAGGCAUUUGUGUGGAACCUCCCGUCCAACGUGCGGGACCAGAAGCGACAUAUUGUUGGGCUGGAUGAGUGGCAGGCCUGCGGCCCGCGCUACAAGACGCGCAAGGAUUUCGUGGGUUCGGCCAUGGACGCCGGGCCCUCGGCCUCCGUCGUCGACUUGGCGGAUCGCUUCCGCGCCACGCUCGCGGGCAAUUUCUCGACGCUGCACCUCCGCCGGAGCGACGCGCUGACGCACAAGGCCCAGAAGCGCAAGCGCUGCGGCACGAAGGUCUCGACCGUGAAGACCUACGUCGACUGCGUCUACCCUCCGCCGCGGUGCGGCCCGACGCGCUGCAAGAGCAAGGCGGACGCCGAGCGCCGCGACACGCUCGUGGUGUUCACGGACGAGCGCGACCAGCGGUACCUCGACGAGUUGUAUGACGCGCUCAAGAGCACGGGCCGGGACGUGGUCUUCGGGGAUGCCGCGCUGCGCGAGCUCGCGGGCGACGGCGGGCGGGACAACUACUUCGUCUUCGCCGCGAGUUUGGUGGUCCGCGAGGCGAGCUUCCCGCGGCUCGCGAUGGACCGGAGCCACUGCGAGACGCACCGCACGUGCGCCCAGUUCUCGGGGAAGUGAUCAUGCGCAGCGACGGACGCGACGAGCGAGAGUAAAUCUAUGAUUGUGUGUCUUA